UUCCGUUACUAAAGAAAGGAGGCUAAUAAGUUCCGGUUUGGGUCGACGAAACCAGAAGUAGGAGAAAGCGCGAAGACGAAGCACAAGAAUGGCAGCUCCUCAACCGCACCAUCAUCAACCACAAACCCUAGAAGAAGUUCGAACUCUUUGGAUUGGUGACCUUCAAAUUUGGGUCGACGAGUCCUAUAUUCUCAAUUGCUUCGCACAAUCUGGGGAGGUUAUUUCUGUGAAGGUCAUCCGUAACAAGCUUACUGGCCAUCCAGAGGGGUAUGGAUUUGUCGAGUUUGUUUCGCAUGCAGCUGCUGAACGUGUUUUGCAAUCGUAUAACGGAACUCCCAUGCCAGGAACUGAGCAGCCUUUCAGACUAAAUUGGGCAUCAUUUGGGAUUGGAGAAAGAAGACCUGAUGCGGGUCCCGAGCAUUCUAUCUUUGUGGGUGAUUUGGCACCUGAUGUUUCAGAUUAUUUGUUGCAAGAAACCUUUAGAGCUCACUAUCCUUCAGUAAGGGGAGCAAAGGUUGUAACUGAUCCGAGCACUGGUCGUUCAAAGGGAUACGGGUUUGUUAAAUUUGCAGAUGAAAUGGAGAGAAACCGGGCCAUGACUGAAAUGAAUGGCCAAUACUGUUUAUCAAGGCCUAUGCGUAUUAGUGCUGCAACUCCUAAAAAGUCACCAGGGAUCCAGCAACAGUAUGCUGUAGCCAAAGCCCUAUAUCCUGCUCCAACAUACGUAGUGCCAGCAGUUCAACCAGUUCAACAAUUACCAGUGGAGAAUGAUCCGAAUAAUACAACGAUUUAUGUUGGUAAUUUGGACCCAAAUGUAACCGAAGAAGAGCUGAGACAACAUUGCUUGCAUUUUGGAGAGAUUGGCUAUGUCAAGAUCCCAGCUAGUAAAGGAUGUGGUUUUGUGCAGUAUGCAGUUAGGGCAUCUGCUGAAGAAGCUAUACUGAAGAUGCAAGGAACUGUGAUAGGUCAGCAACCAGUUCGUGUUUCAUGGGGCAAGAGCCCAACUGCUAAACAGGACUCUGCUGCAUGGGGUCAGCAAGUGGAUCCGAGCCAGUGGGGUGCAUACUAUGGAUAUGGGCAAGGUUAUGACGCCUACGCAUAUGGUGCUGGUGCUCAGGACCCAUAUGCUUACAAUGCAUAUGCUGGGUAUGCUCAGUAUCCUCAGCAGCCUGAAGGUGUUCAAGAUAUGACCGCGGCAGCAAGCGUUGCUCCAGGAAUGGAGCAGAGAGAGGAUGAUCCCCUUGCUACACCUGAUGUUGACAGACUUAAUGCAGCUUAUCUUUCCGUCCACGGAAGUUCAAUCCUCGGCCGUCAAAUGUGGUUAACGACCUCUCCAUUUGCGAUGCAAGCUUCAUCCGUUAAUGGAUGUCAGUAGUUGAUUAACACUGUUAUUGGUGGAGGAACUGGAUACGUUAAUGGAUCUCCGGUACGGUAUAUAAUGAUGGUAUUCGUGAACCUGUUGGGCUGUUUUUUAUUUGCAUCAGUCUACUAACGAGCCGGAGGUCACGCAAGCUCGGUCAUCGGCGGCUAGCUUUUUUCAGAUGUUGAUGCAGAAGAUGGAAGACAUAAAUUUGUUGUGGCAUAGUUUUCUAGCAGUUUUCUUUUGCCAUUGUAUUAGUUUUUUUUAAAAAAAUCUGAUACCUUUUAUCAAUUUUUGGGAUCACCUUUGGCUAUGUCUUGAAUUAGUAUUGAAAAAAUUA